AUGCGUCCUUCAACUUCAUAUACUUGCCGGCAGUGCUUACAUGCGCUCAGAAAAACGCCUAGGUCAAUCGGCUUGGGCAAUAGAACCAUCACUUCUGGUAAUAGUAGAAGCACCAAGCUCUCUACGAAUUUGCCAUCGGGGAAUCAAUUGGCGCAAAAGGACUUGGGCCGUCGGGCAAUAUCAUUUGGACAAGGGCAGGUAGCAAGAAAUGAGUCUCCGCAGUAUAGAACUCCAAGUGGCUUGGAAUCAACCCCGCCUCCAGAGGUUGAAGGACGAGCUCUCUUGAAGCCGAACAACCUCUUUCACUCGUUCUCGAAUUCGCCAUCCCCCGAAAUUAGAAGACGAGCAGCUUUCAUGAAGCAGAACGCCUAUUGCCCACAUCCGGAUCAUCACCAGACUCGAUUGCCAACAAAUCCAGACGAUCCCGAAGCACGAAAAUCUGCUACAGGUGCGCUACCACCAGCCCACGUGGAUUUCGAAUGCCCAGAUUGCGGAAUACCUGUGUCAUGCUCAGAAGAGCAUUGGGCUGAUGAUUAUGAGGCACAUUUGGAAAUUUGUGAUACUCUGCGGGAGAUAAAUGAGGAUGAUCAUGAUCUACGUUCUGGCAGGUUCUUUCCAGAAUUCGAGUACCCUGGUGAUCAGAUUGAAGAAGCAAUGGUUAAUAUGACAAAUUGGGAUACUCUAUUGUUUUCGAGAGAGUUUAAGGCCAUCAAUGACGAAAGAAGUUUACGACAAGCGACUAGGUUGUUGACGUACCCUCUUACGAUUGGAAGCGUGCUGCAUGAAUUGAGUCCUUACAAUAUCAAGAAGGGCGGAAGACUGACUGUCGAAGGUCUCAAAAGUUUGAGUGCUCUUCGUUAUAACCUACAUCCUGCACGAACCGGUGGUGGAUCUGAGAUCAAGAAUCUUAGACCAACCCCGCCACCAGUGAGAAUCUUUAUUCUAGGAGCUCGUGCAGAAUCUUCGUUACCAAGAGAAGUUUGGGUGCAAUUAGCACAUCUAUUUCCUCGAGUCACAUUCCACUUGAUCUUCAUCGGACCUGAAAGUAUGGCGAACAGAGAUGCUGAAUUUCCUUUACCUGAGAGAACUCCGGGAAAUCCUUUUGGCUCAAUUGUUGAGGAUCGUAUCACAAACUCCUUGAAGAUUAGCACUUUUGUGGAGUAUUAUCACACCCUCCACAAAGCUGGUCACUUUUAUCCCUAUGAUCCUUACUUUGAUUGCUUCAUGCUUUUCCAUCCUGGUUUAGGACAUCCAGCCAGUUCUCACGAGUGGGCGGAAACCAUCCCACAACUUUUAGAGACCAAAGUGCCAAUCUUGGUUACCGGAUAUACACAAUACGAUAUGGAUCGAGAUAUUGAUUGGGUCAAGAAGACUGUAGGCGGGGAAAUGGACAUGUUGAUGGAACCAGGAGAGAAUCGCUUCCGAAGUCUGAGAUGGGAUCUGAAUGACAUGGACCCUCAAGACGUUAGCUGCGGUAACUGGGGUGUUUGGGCAUUCAGAGGAAAGAGGUACGAAACUACAAGGGGCAAAGAGGAUUGA